AUCCUUAAAAACGGAACUACGACCGUGUUUUAUCAAGAUAAAGCCAAUGCCGUGUAUGAACGCAUGACCAUAUGCGUGGACAGAAUCACCAAAGUUGACGCCGACAUCCUGUGUUCAUUAGCUGGACAAGGGUUUAUAAAGGAGAUAACUACGCAAAAACUGUCGAUUUCUAACGGCCUUGCCCUAAGAGAAGAUGGAUACAAAUAUCAUGACCUUACGUUAGGUGCCGUAAGUAACUGUUUUCCGGUACGGUUGAUCUGCCAAAUGCCAGAGUGUGGUACCACCGCAAACCAAGACAACUUGGUUAAUACGUUUAUUAUCCGAGGUGACGAUGCUUACAUCGAAGACUGGCCCUGGUUUGCCCUAGUUAUGGUUGGGACCAACUUACUGUGUGGCGGGACUCUCGUACAUCCAUCCUGGAUCGUCACUGCUGCACACUGCCUUGACUUUAUUGACGAUUACCAGUAUCAGGUUCACCUCGGAGUUCAAUCUACAGCUGAACCAGGCGAUUGGUCACAAGUGAUUCCUGUGGAUCGAUAUCACGACUACGGAUAUAUUGACAGGCCAUACCCGAAUUAUGACAUGGCGUUGUUGCAUCUUGAACAUGAAGCAUUGAUAACAAACUUCACACGAGCCGUAUGCCUUCCUGAGGCAAAUGCCUACCGCUCGGUUGAGGCCUAUGUUGGUGCCGAGUGUUUUGUGGUCGGAUAUGGGAUAACAGAGAAAAUGUUUAACGAUCCCACAGGCAGGUUAGAGGUUUCUCCAUAUCUUCGGAAGAAACGGGUGAACAUAGUUUCAUAUCAGUACUGCAAAGACAUAUGGCUACAAGAAAAUGGAUACUACAAUUUUCCAACUGACGUCAUUUGUGUAGGAACGGAAGGUCCCGAUUCCCCUAUAUGCUUUGGAGACUCUGGCGGACCACUCGUCUGCAGGGCAGACACUGCACGAUGGGAACUACUAGGUAUUGUAAGCUUUGGGUUCGGAAACUGCUUGCAUGACAUAGUUCCGAGUGUGUUCACGUCUGUACCCCACUAUACGGAGUGGAUUGACAAGCAUUCAGGAAUUUACAGCAAGUCUUUUCCAGGAAACUAAAAAGCGAAAUGCGUAGUGUUUCAAUCACAAAUAUUUUGCCAAUACAAAAAACCCGUAUGCCAAUAUAAUAUAUAUGAUUUAUUCCCUUUCAUCGCAUCACAAUAUGUAUAUCAUUCCAGCACAUGCUAUCGCCUGUUAGUUACAUACAUGAUGAACAGUAUUUGUUAUUUGCUAAAAGAGAUGUAUAAUGAGUGUCUUGAUUUUACCUUGUUGUAGUUAAAACAUGUAUAAUGAAAUUAAUAAAAAUAUGGCUAGCAGUUUUUUUUCUUAUACUAUACUAUAAGCUUUCAUAUUGAAAAAUGUGAUAUUUCAAUGUACGUUGUUGCUGUUGACUGUCAGGAAAGAUAAAAGUCACAAAAAAUAACAUAAUCAUAAGCUUUUUUGUUGAAAUUUAGUAUUUCACUCAACAAUUUAGUUGUUAGUAAUCACUGCAGUUUUCAAUUGUUGAGUCAUGUAACUAGUAUGGG